UCUUUUAUUCUUCAGCUUUUGUGUAUAUAAAAGGCCACAAAGCCUUGAUUUUGUUAUUCCAUACUAGAAAGAAAAAGAAAAUAAACAAGGACAAAAAUGGUGAAUAUGAGUGAAUCUUUUAACAAAAUGAAGCCAUAUUUGGCUAUGAUAGGUCUUCAAUUUGGGUAUGCAGGAAUGUACAUAAUUAGCCUUGUUUCGUUGAAGCGAGGAUUUAGUCAUUGGAUUUUGGUGGUUUAUCGGCAUGUUGUUGCUUCUCUCGUUUUCUGCCCCUUCGCAUAUUUUCUUGAAAAGAAAAUAAGGCCUAGGAUGACAAAAUCCAUAUUUCUCAAGAUAAUGUUGCUUGCUUUCUUAGAGCCAGUGCUGGACCAAAACUUGUACUACCUGGGAAUGCAGUAUACAUCUGCAACAUUUGCAUCAGCCACCGUCAACGUUUUGCCCGCCAUCACCUUCAUUAUGGCUGUCGUUUUCAGGUUGGAGAGGGUGAACCUGAAAAAAGUGCAGAGUUUAGCAAAGGUGAUAGGCACAUUAAUAACAGUGAUGGGAGCAAUGGUGAUGACUCUAUACAAGGGGCCGAUCGUGGACAUCCUGUGGUACUCUCACGGCGGCGGGCAGCAGAAGGCGGCGGCGGGCAGCGAGCAGCACUGGGUGAGCGGCACUAUAAUGCUGCUGUCGUGUAUCGUGGGAUGGUCUGCCUUCUUCAUCGUGCAGAAGAAGACGCUGGAGGAGUAUCCGGCAGAGUUGUCGUUGACAUCGCUGGUGUGCGUGAUGGGAGUGGUGGAGGGUGGAAUUGCGGCUGUCAUAAUGGAACGCCGCAAGAGCGCCUGGGCUAUCGGCUUUGAUUCUAGGCUUCUUGCUGCUGCGUAUUCUGGGAUUGUGUGCUCAGGAAUUGCAUACUACAUGCAGAGUGUGGUGAAUAAGGCGCGAGGGCCCGUUUUCGUGACUGCCUUCAGCCCUCUCAGCAUGAUCAUCACCGCCGUCCUCGGAGCCGUUGUUCUCGCCGAGCAGCUUCAUCUUGGAAGCUUGAUUGGAGCAGGCAUCAUAGUGGUUGGGCUUUACUCGGUGGUUUGGGGUAAGAGCAGAGAGAGGUCGUCUGCUGAUUUAGACAACAAACUAACCAAAGCGUCGUCGUCUCAUGAGGAAUUGCCUGUGUCGGUGUCGGACAAUGUUCAUCAUCAAACAAAUCCCAAUAUGCUAUCACCACCUUCCGUCUAAUAUGUAAAUUAAUAUACGUGCGUGCAGUCUCUUAUCUAAUGGAUAUAUUCAGGGGAAUAAAUUAAUUCACCAACUUUUCAUCA